GGAUGAACUUAAGUUCGCUAUUUAUGAAAGACGUGCGAUUGCCUCAAUAGUCAGCUUCAGUGCAACUCUUGCGCUCGGCGCUGUUAAUAAUAUUCAAUAUAAAAACUUUUUUACCGUUAGCUGAACAUUCACCGGGAAAUUGCUUCACGGAGUGCGACCCACAUUGCUAUCUAACGCAUGAUCUCAACACCAACUAAUGCGCUCAAUUGAUGGUAUACUAAAAUAAAGUUGUAGUUCAGUGUCUGCGCUAAAAGUGCAUUUCUCCAGCACAUUUCGCGUGACAUGGGAUGAAGGGGGAUGGGUUUGGGCGGGCGGUCUGGAGGGGCGCCGCCGGGGGAGGCGCGUCAACGACCGCCACUCGCCGCACGCCGCCAGUCUGCGAGAGCGCCUGGAGAACGUUCCGUGCAACCGUGCAGCUCGCUUCGUCUCGUUGGCGUCUCGGGCCCCCACGCGCUCACACCGCGAUUGUUAAUUAACUAAGACACGUGCGUGCUCUUGACGAAAUCUCCUACUGUCACGUUGAAGUGCGGACGUCGAUAGAAAUAGAUUUACAAGCGACGCGUGCCGCUUAGUUGAACGGACGAUGUUUUAGAGGCUCCAUCGUUGCGUUGUCACGGCGAUGGUGCGGUUGGGGCUGGCGAUGGUGGUAGGAGUGGCCCCGGCGCUGGUGUCGUGGUGGCGCGGCCAACGCACUCAGCUGCCGCCGCCGCUCAUCACACCAGUUUCGCCCGCCACCACGCCGACCUCGGAUAAAGUACCGCGGUGGCCCCAGCAUCGCUCGCUCUCCAUCUCUGACUGCCUUCCCAGCAGCAGCGACGAGGAGUCGGCACGCUCAAUCGUAUGCCAUGUGCGCCCCAAGAUCGCGGAGCAACGUCUGGCGGCGAGGCGGGCGGCGCGGGCGGAAGCGCGCGAGAUCCGCAUGCGCGAGCUGGAGCGACAGCAACGAGAGCAGGAGGACCAUGCUGACAAGGCAUUCGAUAUGUAUUCAGAGACAGUGGGUCGUCGCGGCGGCCGACUGGCGUCGCUCAGCCCCGCCGUGCACUCGCCGAGGCGCAGCUCUGAGGACUCCGCUGACGAUGUUUUUAGCAUCAAAGACCUCAGGCACGAGCUAAAAGAGGUGGAGGAGAAGUUCCGCAAGGCGAUGAUCCUCAACGCUCAGCUGGACAACGACAAGGCGGCGCUCGGGUACCAGCUAGAGCUGCUCAAGGACCGCAUCGAGGAGCUCACCGAGGAGCACGCGCAGCUGCAGCGUGAACAUAAAGAGAAGUGCUCAGCGCACGAGCGGCUAAAACGAGAGCACGCCACAUUGGAGCGCGAGGUGACUGCAGCGCGAGACGCGGUGCGUGCGCGGGACUCCGCCGCCGCCGCCGCGGGCUUCGCCUUCGUGGAGGCGGAGCUCAACGGCACCGCGGAGCAAACAGAGCUGAACGGGAUGGAGCCCGAGCUGGUUGCGCAGGGCUUCGGCAGCGUGCCACCCCUCGCCCUCGUCUCACACCACUCGGAACAGCUGCUCAAUGACGCCGGAGAGGGCACACUUGACGUGCGGUUGCAGCGACUGGUGAGCUCGAAGCAGGCGCUGGAGUCGGAGGUGCGGAAGCUGAAGCUGUGCCUGAACGAGGAGCGCGCCGCGCGACAGAACGGUGUCGCCGCGCACCACGACAGGGAGCUCGACAGCGAGCUGGAAUCGCUGCGCAAGUCUGUGUCGGAGGCGAAGGGUCGCGCGGCGCGGGCGGAGGCGGAGGCGGCGCUGCAGGCGGCGGCGGUGGCGCGGCUGGAGGCGCAGGUCGCCCGACUGCGCGCGCGUCAGGACCACCAGGACGAGCACGAGGAGCAGCUCAAGCAGGAGCGCCGCAGGCUGCAGAGGGAGGCUCGAGAAGCUUUGAAUCGGGUUGAGGAGUUGGAAACAGAGAACAGUCACCUGACGAAGAGACUUGACAAACUCAAGAACGCCAAAUCAGCGCUACUCAAGGAGCUGUGACCGUAGUCAAGACAAACAAUGUUGCCAUUUAAAUAUCUGACUGAAUGGAUUUAAACAAGGAUAUAUUAUCUGUGGACGCAGAUUUUGGAUUUAUUUAAUAUGAUUGUAUACAUAAAGCUAUUGUAUGUAAAUAUGAGAAUUUCAUGUAAAUGAUUGACG